CUGAAAGUAUCGAUGCCAACAGAUGUUCAAAAUACUCAUUCAGUGCGGUGUUUUUCAUGUAAACACAACAAUUAACAAAAACUAAAGAAAAAUGGCCUCAAACAGCAUGCCAGAAGAGAAUUUUGAAGGCGGGGAUUUCAACUUUGAUGACGAUGGGGAGGAUGACCAAUUUGUGGCCACUAAUUCAGGACGAAAGCGUCUUUUUAGCAAGGAGCUGCGCUGCAUGAUGUUCGGCUUUGGCGACGACAAGAAUCCGUACACGGAAACCGUGGAUUUGCUGGAAGAUUUGGUCAUCGAAUAUAUAGCCGAGACCACCCACCGGGCAAUGGAAAUCGGUCGGACGGGUCGCGUUCAGGUGGAGGACAUUAUCUUUCUGGUGCGCAAGGAUCCUCGAAAAUACGCCAGAGUCAAGGACCUCUUGACCAUGAACGAGGAGCUCAAAAAGGCGCGCAAGGCCUUCGAUGAGAUCAAGUAUGUGGGCACCGAGGGCAAGCUCAAAUGACAGAGGUCCAAAAAAGCCCCAACAAAUCCAGGAACAAGCCAAUCCUAGCAGUAAACUUCCAGCGUACGAAUUAUUCUAAAAGGUUUUAAUACUUAAGCUAGCCCAUAAUAAACUAAUCAAAAUAGUC